AAAUGUAGAUAUUGUAUAUGUUUGGAGUUUUUUCAAGCUAUCCUGUCGUUUUGGUGCAUUUGAACAGCGCCAACACAUCGGAACGCUAUUGCGACAAAUCAGAUAUUUCUCGAUUUUGUGGCCCUUUGCGACAAAUUCUUGACUUGUCAGAAAAACGCAUAUGUCUUAUUUGUCGUGUUGGAACUUUUUAUUUGUCGUUCUGGUAUGACGGCGUCAUUCAAACACACCAAGACGUCAGAACAAGACGCCAGAAAUCAACGCUCUGAGCGAAAUGUUUAAUUAUGAUCAACCUGUAUGCAUCAUUAUCAAUUUUUGAUCAGGUUCAGCCAUUUAUUAUUAAUAAGAAUACAGUUAAAGUAAGUCAGACCUAUGUAAUCAAAGUAUUAACUGAUUUUCUGCAAAGAUUCGGGGUCUUAUCAUUACACCACAAAAUAAACGAAGGAUGUAUUUUGUCCAACAGAGUAUUGUGUUUUCUUUUAAAGUGUGUUAUACAAACGGUUGGUAAUUUGGAAAUAGUACCUCACAUUCACUUGCUGACAUACAAAAGUCAAUAGCAGUGCGUUGCGAUUAUUUUGAAAUGCUUAUGUGUGAAACAUUUUCAAUAUCGUUACCACUCGUAAAAGAAAGGUUAUAGGUAUCGUGUGAUAAUUCCUGUUUUGUUUAAAAUAAUAAGAGUAACUGCAGUUCAAAAAGGAGUUACACUUCAUUUGUCAAAACUGCGUACGUCAUGAUUAGGAUUUAAACACAAAGGGGCUAAUGAUAUAUCAAGUACCAAACGAUUAUAAUGAAUCUUCAGAUGUUACCCUGAUGCCAUUAGAUAUGUAGAGGACUGUAAUUUAAAAUUAAAACCCAUUGGGGAUGUACAACAAUGCAGUGAAUGAAGUUCACUUAAAAUCAGAAAAUCGCGAAAGGUGAUAAAAUUAGAAUUGCUCUAAGCGCUACAGCAUUGACGUCGACAUAACUAAGUGAAGCAUCCGUAGAAACAGCGUGACAGGUCUUGAAACCAUCAACGGUGAUCACAGUUGCAAAUAAAAAUGAAUUGCAGAUGACGUUAGAUAUUGCAAGAAUUUAUAAUUAAAUAUCACAUAUGAGAAAUUAAGGAUUAGUUAAAUACAUAAAGUUACUUCAUUUUGAAAUAUCAGAAUACACCGAAUACAUGAAGGGAUUUUUUAUUGAAAAUCGCUGUUAUCUUUUUCAUCAUAGUGUUUUGUAUUAAGUCAAAGCCAUAUGUUGGCACGAUUGAUAUUAAAUAACACGAGGGCAAAUCUGUAAUAAUUUGCCUUUCUAGAAUGAUUACACCGAAUGUGAAAAGGAAGCCGUGUUCAGUUUAUGGACAAAACGUUUCCAAAGUCACUGUUAUCUCGUUUGUAGGACUUUGUGUUGGUGUCAUGAUUUCUUCAUCUACUUUACAAUUGUCAAUAAUAGGUGAUAGCCGUACUAAACCUUUGACAAACCCCUACGUUGGUGUAAAACAGGAAGAUAAAUUGAGUAAUAAUACCACAAGCAGCAGACGACAAAGUAAAUGUAUUUCGUGUUUUCAACACAACUUUAAUUAUGUGAUACAAAAUGACAUAAUAUGCAAACUAUAUUCGCCUAAUCAGUCAGUGGAAUUAAUUGUGCUCAUAAUGACCACACAUGAAAACAAGAACGAAAGAAUGGCAUUACGUGCCACCUGGUUGUCAUACACUAGAAACAACACAGCCAAUGUCAGAUAUGCAUUUCUUUUAGGUGAAAUUGAUGAUAAUAAACAUAAGGAAGCUGUUCUAAAAGAAAACAGUGUAUACCACGACAUCAUCAAGGAAGAUUUUAUUGAUAGGUACUUGAAUUUAACUUACAAAACUAUAAUGGGAUUUAAAUGGGCAUCGACAAAGUGUUCGCAUGCGCAUUACGUUAUGAAAACUGAUGACGACAUGUUUGUCAACAUUCAAAAUGUUCUGACUAUUUGCAAGGGUAAUCACAGUGAAACGUUACAGAAAGCAAUUAUUGGGGCCUGUCACAUAAAAGCAAGCCCUAUACGAGACCAGAAGUCAAAGUGGUUUGCUUCAGUGGCCAGUUAUCCUGGGAAAUCUUAUCCCGGGUUUUGUUCCGGGACAGGUUAUGUGACCAGCAUGCAUGUAGUGAGUGAAGUUUAUAAAAUAUCCCCGAAUGUUCUUUUUUUUCACCUGGAGGAUGUUUAUGUAUCGCUGUGUAUAAGAAAAUUAGGCUUUAAAAUUCAGCCCAUCUCUGGAUUCAAUGUAGGUCGACCAAAAAUGGAUCCUUGCCUCUAUAAAGGAGAUAGAUUGAUAACAGCCCAUCGGUUGACACCAGUAAUGCUGAAGUCAAUAUGGCACGGAAAAUGUGUCCAAAAAUGAAAAGUCUUCCUAUUCAACGUCAGAACGCGCGGACGUUCAAUUAUGAUAAUGACACGUGAAGCACAGUGCGCCAAUAUGGAUCCGUCAAAUAGAUCGUAAUUACCGUUUUAACAGCUUCUUUGUUGCUGUUUCUAGCAAGGUAUAUAAUAACAAUGUCUAGAACAUUAUUGGUCGGUGUCUCGAAGUCUUAUUUCUGCCUUAGCUGAUGCUUUGUAUUACUUGUACUGUCAGAAAAAAAUGUGUUUGCUGUAGUAAUCAACUGAUAAGCAAGAAAAAAGAAAUAAAUGAAGGGUAAUGUCAGUAGACAAAGCCUAUAUUAUUAUCACAUCUCAACACAUAAGAGAAAAUAAUUAAGUUUGUUUGUUUUUGGUUAUACGCUGUUUUUCAACCGUAUUUCAGUUAUGUAAUGGCGGACAGUAAACCGAACCAGCGUUCCUGAAUUCUGUACCAGUAAAACCUGUUCCCCGCAAGUAACUGCCAACUUUCCCAAUUGAAUUUUAGAUGGAGGACGUAUGAUUUCCGACACAAUCUAUUCUUACAAAUCGUCACUGAGAAUAUAAGCAUCGCCCGGGGAUCGAACCCACGACCUGGCGAUCCGUAGAUCUGCGCUCUUCCUAUUGAGCUAAGCGUCGAGUGAAAAUAAUUAAGUGAAAUUACAUGAGGCUGAAAAUCAUUUUACACAGGACGAAUUAGAAAUAACUUUAUUUGAUUAUCAAGAAUGAAGGAAGCAAUAAAAAGUUUUUUUUUAUUGUAUUUUAUUAGCUUUCGGUCUGCAUUCUAGUCCAUGCUCUAUACAAUACCAACUAAACUGCCGAAAACAAAAUUUUCUGUGGUAGUUCCGAAAUUGAUUUGUCAAAGGUUUUUAUAUAUUAAUUCAUUUUCAUUGUUACUCUUUUUAUUAGUAAACAGGUCCUAAAUACAUACCGUAUUGCAAUAUAUUCUCUCUAUCUGUUCUGAGCGCUUUAUCUCACUCUGUCCCUCUGGUCAGUUUGCGCUUUGUCUGUAAUGGUAGAGGAUUUAUUUCUCGCGCUGUGUGGCUGCGUUUGUUAUAUGUAAAGCGCCUUUGAACGUGCUUAUCAUGAAAAGGACGCUAUAUAUAUCUGUUAUGAUAAUGAUAAUAAAUUUUUUGGGUUUAGAUUCACCAGAUAUGAUAGCAUUGCUAAUAAGUUAACACUCUGUUAUAUUUUUACUCUCAGGUUAUUUUGUUAUUAUUGUAUUCCAUGUUGUAACAUUACAUUGAUCAUACACGGCUCAAUAGGUGUAAAAUUUACAUGUAUUAUAUACAUGAUA